CACACACACACUCUCCCGCGCGCGUUCAGAGGGAGACACGCGGCCGCUCCUCCAGAACUUCCGAGGAUAAAACCUUCAUCCAGCCCUGCGGGAGCCCCUGCGCGAGCCCCUGCACGAGCGCGAGGUGGGGGGACCAUGUGAAGCCGCUGACUGCCCGCGAGCUCAUCCGCGUGGGAAGAUCAGAAAGUUUGGGCUCCAGAGCGGGAUGUCUAUGGCCGAGAAGCCUGACGGUCCCGUGUACGUGUACGAGUCGACAGUGCACUGUGCCAACAUCCUCCUGUGCCUGAAUGAGCAGCGGAAGCAGGACGUCCUGUGCGAUGUGACCGUCCUGGUGGAGGGGAGGGAGGUCCGGGCCCACAGGGCCGUCCUGGCCGCCUGCUGCCACUACUUCUCCCUGCAGCUCCGCGGCCCCACGGACCACGAGCCCCUCAUCUGCCUUCCACCCAAGAUCACAAUGAAAGGCUUUGCGCCCCUCUUGCAGUUUGCCUACACCGCCAAGCUGCUGCUGAGCCGGGAGAACAUCCAAGACGUGAUGUGCUGUGCCGACUUCCUGGGCGUCCACAACCUGGAGGACUCCUGCUUCCUCUUCCUGCAGGCACAGAUGAGCAGCGAUGGUGAGGAACGACCCAAAUCUCCACAGACACCAGCUCACAGGGACGGGAACAGUUCUCUGAAGGUUCCUCAAAGUUCUCCAAGAAGUUCCCCCAGUAAAUCUUCAGACGAGGAGCGAUUACAGUCCACCAACAGCCUGCGUCCGUCAGAAAAUCAGCCUGAAAUCACGGAGGUUCCCAGCUACCGAAGUCCCAAAUACAGGAAGCACCAGCAGGCCUAUGCGAAGCACAACACCACGAACACCUCUCUAAGCAGCAGUACCUCAAGCCCAGCCAGCAGCUCGCUCCAAGACACCAUCACCAGCAGUGAUGCCCAGGGCGUAGAUAUGUCCAGAGUAAAAGCAGAACCAGCUUCAGGUGAAGAAGAACGAUUGGGAUUUUCUGAUCUUUCUGGAGCGGAGCUAAGCGAUGCUGGAUGUAGGAUAGAGGAAAUGGACGCAGAGAUGGACACAGAGAUGGACACAGAGAUGGAUUACAGUCACCAGCAGUUUAGUUCUACGCCCGCUGAUGUGCCAACGAACCGGAUGUCACCCUUGUGCCUGCGCUCCCUGGUCAAAAACAGCCUUAUUCCUCCACUCCGCAGUUUCUCCACUGAUUCCUCCAUGCUCAGAAGCAACCAGCAGUUCCCCAGUCCGCUAUUUCCUGCCCAGAACCACCAUCUUCCUCAGUGUGACUUUAAAACAAACUACCAGGCUUUUAUCGGAGGGCUUACAGUUGCCUCGUUGAAGCAGUCGCUUAGAUUCCCAGCUUUAGGAAAGUCCCUCUCCUGCGAUAGGAUCUGUAACCAGGAUACGGAUCAAGAGUUGGAACGCAGAAGCGUAAUUUUCUCAAGACCAUCUGAGCGACUGCCAGCUAAUUCCUAUCCGGACGAGCCGUCUCUGGAGCUGGAUGCCCCCUCAGGCCUCUGGGCAGGCUCUCAAGCUCUUUCGCCCACCUCCGGACCUUCAGAACCCUCGCUCCUGUCUCGCCGAAGGCUAAAGAGGAGCUGCCCUGUCCCCAUUCGAGUCGAUCCCCGCUCUACACGCACCGAGACCUGCCCCAGAACAUCCAGCUCGUGCUCGUCCUACUCGUACGCCGAGGACGGCAGCGUCAGCUCCCCGUCCAGCCUGCCACAGUUUGAGCUGUCCUCGUCCUCGCCUCGCUCUGGUUUGCCCAAGAUCAAGUGUGAGAAAUCGUACGACUCGAACUCCAGCGACGAGUCCGGCUCUUUCUCAGAGGGAGACAGCGAAUCCUGCCACUCCAAAGAGCCGCACUCACUCGAGGUGAAGCUGCCUUUCCCAGUCGAUCAGAUCACAGAUCUUCCUCGGAAUGAUUUCCAGCUGCUGGUGAAGAUGCACAAACUGUCUUCAGAACAGCUGGAUAUCGUUCACGACCUGCGGAGGAGGAGUAAGAACCGUAUCGCUGCUCAGCGCUGCCGCAAGAGGAAACUCGACUGCAUCAAAAACCUGGAGUGUGAGAUCCACAAACUGGUGUGUGAGAAGCAGAAGCUCCUGACGGAGAGGAAUCAGCUGAAGGUGUGUAUGGGGGAGCUGUGGGAGAACUUCUCGUUUUUGUCUCAGGAGGUUUGUAGAGAGGAGAAGACGAGUCCUGUAUCUGCAGAGCGUCCGGAUCGAGUCUCGUCCAGCCCCGUCCACGUCGACCUGACCGUGUCCUCCAGCCCCGGCAGCGUGGACCUCACCCUGCCGUCCUCGUCCCCCAGGACACCGCCGGACACCGGCGUCCUUGUAGAGACCAGCAGCCCCACAGUGACUGUAGCUCUGUGUCAGGAAAUGACUGAUAAAUGCACCACAGACGAGUAACGGCUGCAGGAUCUGCGUUAACCCUUCCUUUAUCUGCGUUUAUUAAUAGUUCAGAGUUUUUACGAAUGUUUGGGUGUUUUUUACGGCGUUAGGGAGUGCACCGUUCUGUGGUUGUCUCGUGUGUUAUGGUGGUGUGGUUUAUUAUGGCUCUGAAGGUACAUGAGGUUGUGUUCAGACUGCAAGCUAAUCAGAUUUAUUUCUCAAAUCAGAUCUGUUAAAAUGUAAAAAUACAGUAAUAACAUGCAUUUCAGACCACCUCCAAAUAGCUAGAUAUGGUAAAAUCCAAAAAUCUGAUUUGGGUUAGAAAAUUCACAUUUGUUUCUCAAAUCAGAUCUGUUAAAAUAAUCAGAUCGGAUUUGAUUUGAUUUGAUUUGAUGUGAUUUAGAAUCUGAUUUGAGCAGCCAGAAUGUGACACAUCUUAACAAACCUGAUAGCAUUUACAUUUUAAACCACCUCGAAAAUGUGGAUUCGGAUUCAGAAAAUAUUUCAGUUCAGAUUGGAUGUGGUUUCAUGCUGUGCAGACUAAGAAAAAAAAUCAGAUUUUGGGCCAGACAAGUCAGAUCAGAUUUCAUCUGGCACAUUUGUACAAAAUCAGAUUGUAAUCACAUUUGAAACUGCCUCCAAAUGUGGAUUGGAUCUAAUUACUAAAAUAUUUCAGAUUUGAUGCAGUUCACUGCAGUUUGAUGCAAAAAUCAAUCCAGAAAUUCCAAAAAUCAGAUUUGGGCUAGACGAAUCAGAUUUGUUUGUCACCCGUAUAUCCGGACAUAUUUGGACAUCUAUAGCAUCCAGCAUCUGUACAAAUCUGAUUGUAAUUACAUUUCAAAAUAUUUUCACUGGUUUGAAAUCCGAUUAGCAAUAAUUCGAUUUCAUGUGGUUUCUGGAUGCCAGUGUCCAGAACUUCCAGACUGAGAGGCAUCUAUACAAUUCUGAUUAUAAUCACAUUUCAAGCCUUCAAAAUGUGGUUUGUGUCUGAUUAGGUAAAGAUUUUAAAUUUAAUUUGGUUUUUGUCUGUUCAGACUAUCAAAAAUCAAUCUAGAAAUUCCAAAAAUCUUAACAAAUCUGAUUAUAAUCACAAUUUAAGCUACUUUCAAAUGUGGUUUGGGUCUGAUUAGCAAAAUUCUGGUUUCAUGAGAUUUCUUGCUGUGCACACUUUAAAAAAACUGGAUUCAAUCUAGACACCAAAAAUCCAAAGAACAGACUUAGAUUUGAAGAAUCUGAAUUGUUUCUCAAAUCAGAUCUGUUGAGAUGACUUACUUAAAAGUAAUCCAAUCAGAUUUGAUAAGGUUGUAGUUUUGACAUGUGGUGAUAUCAUGUUGAAAUCAGAUUUGAGCAUCCAUACAGAGACUCUUCUGUACAAAUCUGAUUUUAAUCGCAUUUUAAACCACUUCCAAAUUGAGUUUGUCUGAUUUGAGUCUGAUUUGCAAAAAUAUGAUUUAACAUGGCUUCUGGCUGUGCAGACUAUUAAAUAUCAAUCUGGAUUGAGUUGAAAAUUGACUAGCAGUAUAGAAAUAGCCUAUAGAUUAUAUUUUAAAGGUUCAGACUGCAGGAAAAUUGGAUUUGUACUGUUCAGAUUUGCAAGCGAUCAGAUCGGAUUUGUGUAUCUGCAUGGGUUAUUGUGGUAUUUCAUGUGCUUCCAGUGUGUCCAGACUAUGGAAAAUUAAUCUGGAUACACCAAAUCUAGAUAUACCAAAAAUCUGAUUUGGGCUGGCAGUCUGAACACAGCCUUAAUAAGGCAAGAUAUUGUUAGAAAAAAAAAUCUCUUUUUACUCUCACACAAGUCUUUACACUUCUUUUUUUUUGUUUCUUCUUUUCACGGCACAGUAUUGUUCUGUGUUUGCAGUAACUCUCUCUUUCUCUCCAGCUCUCAGAUUAAUCUCAGGAAUCUCGAUGAAUGUUUUCUGAUCUUUUUUUAAGGUGGAGAUGAUCCUUUGUUUGCAGACUCUCUGCUUUUGAUAGAUUGUUCUGUUCUUUCUCUGAACCGACUCGUCUUUUUCCCCCUUCUCUCUCUGUUCACAAAGCAUUCCCCAUGGGUGGCUAGAGGAAAUGACAAAGGCAGAAAAUAGAAAGCGAGAGAAUAAAGGAGAGAUAAUGAGGAGAGAGGUUUGCGCAGUCAAACAGAUGAAGUUCUUUACUGGAAGUGAAUUUUUAAGGGCAGCGUAGAAAAACCUGAGCAGGAACUCCUUUACUUUUAAUCAUUACUUUUGAUUUACUUUCUCCUUUAUUGUGUCGCUGCACCCUCAAAAAUAUAUACAGCUCUGGAAAAAAAUGAAGAGACCAUUUAUAGGUUUAUGUUUGAGUAAAAUGAACAUUGUUGUUUUAUUCUAUAAACUACAGAAAACAUUUCUCCCAAAUUACAAAUAAAAAUAUUCUCAUUUAGAGCAUUUGUUUACAGAAAAUGAGAAAUGGCUGAAAUAACAACAAAAAAAAAAAGAAGCAGAGCUUUCAGACCUCAAAUAAUGCAAAGAAAAUAAAGUUCAUAUUCAUAAAGGAGUUUUAAGAGUUCAGAAAUCAAUAUUUGGUGGAAUAACCCUGGUUUUUAAUCACACAGAGUUUUCAUGCAUCUUGGCAUCAUGUUCUCCUCCACCAGUCUUACACACUGCUUUUGGAUAAAUCCAAGCAUUUCAGUUUGGUGGUUUGAUGGCUUGUGAUCAUCCAUCUUCCUCUUGAUUAUAUUCCAUUAUUUUUAAGUGGUUUCUCUUUUUUUUCCAGAGCUGUACUCUUAUGUGCCAAAAGUCAUGGGAUAGGAACUUGUAUGGUGUCCCAUGUCUUUUUUUUUUUCCAGUCCCAUGGAAGCAAACGAAUGCUGCACUGACCUGUGGGAUAUAUAAAACAUAAUGCAAACAGUAAGGAAAUUUGCGUUUGGUAGAUUAUUUAUUUAUUGUAUCAAUGCUUAUUGGUACCAAAUCUUAUACAACUGGAAAGCCUGUUCAUUUAUAUUUUAAAUGGAGAACAUUUGUGAGGAACAUGCAUUUGUGGGAUGAGAAGUAGAGCCAAUGACUCGUUUGGGGUUUUGUCUUCUCGGGACUUGAGUCCCUGAAAUCCCCUCUUAUAUGGAACUUCAGUGGCCUUCAGUUUGGAGAUACUGGUACCAGGGCUCACUCCAAAUAAUGCUGUAACAUUUUUUACGGUUUUGAGGAACACCAGCUUAACGUUGCUCUAUAUCACAGCUCUAUCUAUAUCCAGAUCAGCCAAAUGUGGCAUGAUGCUGAUUCUUAGAGCUCAGAUACAUCCUGACCACUAUAGCAGAGCCCAUGAUCACUGGUUCUGCACCUCAUCUAAAGAAACUAGACGCUCAAAACAAGUAAUUAAGAGUUAAUAGCAUCAGAAUAAUAAGCUGCUUGGAAUUAGCAGAGAAGAUUUGGCUCAUUUUUAAUGGGUCUAAGCACAUGCUUAUCCAGCAAAUACAUGUUCCUCACUAAUGUGGCUCCAUUUAACCCUUUAAAAUUAGCUGCUGCUUUGCCUCAAUGGCUCAAGUACUACUGUUGUUCCAGUGCAGUGGGACUAUAAUCUUGUUCAUUGGCUGGUUUAU